AUGGACGACGACGUUCAGGUUGCUCAUAUAGCUAGUUUUACUUCGGCAGCCACUGUAGUGGCUUUAACAGCGAAAAAGAAGCGACUGUGGGGAAACUACAGGGGAGUUCGAAUCCUUAAAGACGGAGUAUACCAAGCACACGUCAGGCCAUCUGACCAAUUGAGAUGCAGAAAGGAGUACGUCAAGAAAUUAUAUAAUGGAGCUUUCGAAAAUAGAUACGAUAAAGAUGAAGAAAAAGGUGUGAAAAUCUUUGACGUUGCAGAACAGAAAGCAAAAGCUUAGAAUAUGUUGACAUGCGUAUAGUUAUGUAUUGUAUAUUUUACGAAGAUAUGUCCUAGAACAGAGUAUUUAUAGCAUUUAAGCUGAGUGUCUAUUAUAAAAAACUUCCUCAGGUCACUGGAUUCAGUUACUAGUAGCUUGUAGUAUAAUGAUAUUUAUUGUGUUUUAAAAAACAUAACAAUAAAGCACUAGAGAAUA